AUGGAGAUAAAUCUUUCUCUCUACAUUUUCUUAGCUUUCUUACUUCAUCUUUCGACACUUUCCUUCGUUAAUGCACAAGUGACCGACAUUUCCACAGACAAACAAGCUCUUCUUGCCCUGAAAGCUCGUAUAAGCCAUGAUCCUAGCAAUUUAUUGGCCAGUAAUUGGUCCAGAAGAGCUUCUGUUUGUGAUUGGAUUGGCAUCACUUGUGGUGUCCGCCACCAUAGAGUCACAGCUUUGAAUAUUUCUUAUUUGAAUCUUACAGCAACCCUUCCUCCUCAAUUAGGAAAUUUAUCUUUCCUUGCAAUUCUAAGCAUUAACAACAACAGCUUUUAUGGCUCUAUCCCGGAUGAGUUGGCUAACUUACGUCGACUCAAAUAUCUUCAAUUCAGUUUCAAUAACUUCAUCAAUUUAAAGAUCCCAUCAUGGUUCGGGUCCUUAACCAAACUUCAACACUUGGGAUUGAAUGAAGUGAAAUUUUCAGGGACUAUCCCUCAGUCCCUUGGCAACUUGUCUUCACUUCAACAACUUUUUCUUGAUUAUAAUGAGCUUUCGGGCUCCAUUCCCACUUCCAUUUUCAACAUAUCUUCACUGCAAAUACUUAGUCUAUACCAAAACCAACUCUCGGGAUCCUUCCCUUCCAUCCCUUUCAACAUGACUUCGUUAAUAUAUAUUGACUUCGGUGAUAAUGGAUUAUCUGGUGCAGUUUCUGCAAGUUUUUUUGAUUAUCUUCCUAAUUUGGAAAGGCUUUUUUUGGAUAAAAACUUCCUCAGUAGCGAAAUACCAUCCACUCUAUCAACAUGCGAGGGUUUGCAAUACUUAUUCUUGGAUAUGAAUAAUUUCACAGGAUCCAUUCCGAAAGAAAUCGGAAACUUGACUCAACUUAAGAUACUAUGGCUUGGAUACAAUAAACUCCAAGGUGAGAUACCAUAUGAAAUUGGUAAUCUUCGUAAUCUUGAGAUUUUAAAUCUUGAUUCUAACAACCUUGUGGGUCCUGUCCUAGCUGCUAUUUUCAACAUCUCAACAAUAAAGGCCCUUUCACUCAUGUCCAAUAAGCUUUCGAGAAUUCCUCCAUCAACCGCAGAGUUUCCAAAUCUUGAGGAGCUUUACUUGGGAUUUAAUAAUUUCACUGGGCCAUUUCCUAGUUUCAUUACCAAUGCUUCCAAGCUCUCUAUUAUAGUCUUAGUAUACAACUCAUUCUCAGGCUUCAUCCCAGAAACAAUUGGUAACUUAAAAAAUCUUGAGCGGCUUUACUUAUCUUUUAAUUACUUGACAUCUUCUACUCCAGAUUUGAGUUUAAUUUCUCGUUUGACAAAUUGCCAGAAUUUAAGGCAGCUACAUUUAGAAGGAAAUCCUCUGAAUAGCAUCCUUCCAAGUUCCAUAGGCAAUCUUUCUGUUUCUUUGGAAAGUUUAUACAUGGGUGAAUGCAACAUUAGUGGAAACAUUCCCAAAGAAAUUGAAAACUUAAGCAACUUGAUAGAAAUACGACUAUAUGACAAUGAACUGACUGGAUCAGUUCCAGUUGCACUUGGUGGACUACAGAAACUCCAAGGUUUGAAUCUUGAACAUAAUAAAUUGGAAGGAUUGAUCCCAAGUAGUCUUUGUCAAUUGAAUGAAUUGUUUGAGUUGCAAUUGAGUGAUAACAAGAUUUAUGGAUCCAUACCUGCAUGCUUAGGUAAUAUCACUACACUUAGAAAAUUGUCGUUAGGUUUCAACAAAUUAACUUCUUUUAUACCCUCAACUUUGUGGAACCUUAAGGAUAUCUUGUACUUGAAUUUGUCAUCAAAUUCUUUGAAUGGAUCUCUUCCAUUGGAGAUUGGAAAUCUUAAGGUUGCGAUAAACAUAGAUUUGUCAAGGAAUAUUCUUUCAGGAAAUAUUCCAAUUGUUAUUGGCAGCCUAGAAAAUCUACAGAACCUUUCCUUAGCAUUCAAUAGAUUACAAGGCUCAAUUCCUGAAACAUUUGGUAACUUAACAAGCUUGGAAUUCUUGGAUUUGUCAAGUAACAAUCUUUCUGGAUUGAUUCCCAAGUCUUUGGAGGUACUCUUUUACCUCAAAUAUCUAAAUUUAUCUUUCAACCAACUAAGCGGUGAAAUUCCUAAAGGAGGACGCUUUGAAAAUUUCUCAAUUGAAUCAUUUAUGGGGAACCUUGCAUUAUGUGGUUCUUCUCGACUGCAUGUUCCACUAUGCAAAAUUAGAACACAUGGAAAGUCAAGUUCAAGAAAAGUUAUGUUGUUCAUUGCUUUGCCGCUAAGCAUUACAUUCACAUUGGUUGUCUUUGUUCUUAUGUUUGUGUUGAUGAAAUGCCGAAAAAAGAGAACAAGGCCACCUACACAUGUUGAGAUGUAUCCACAACGUACAUGGAGAAGAAUUUCUUACCAUGAACUUGUGAGAGCAACAAAUGGAUUCAGUGAGAACAACCUGCUUGGGAGAGGAAGUUAUGGUUCAGUUUUCAGAGGAAGAUUACAUGAUGGGAUGGAGCUUGCAGUAAAGGUAUUCCACUUGCAUUUUGGAGAAGCGCUUACAAGCUUUGAAGCUGAAUGUGCAGUAUUGAGUAAUAUUCGUCAUCGAAAUCUUGUCAAAAUCAUCAGCAGCUCUUCAAAUGAUGAUUUUAAAUCUUUGAUACUAGAGUACAUGCCUAACGGGAGCCUUGAGAAGUGCUUGUAUUCUGACAACAAUGUUUUGGACAUUUCACAAAGAUUGAACAUAAUGAUUGAUGUUGCAUCAGCUUUGGAAUAUCUCCAUUUUGGUUAUUUAGUCCCCAUUAUUCAUUGUGACUUAAAGCCUAGCAACGUUUUGCUAGACGAAAAUAUGGUUGCACAUUUGAGUGAUUUUGGUAUUGCAAAGCCUUUAGGUGAAGAAGGCUCUAUGACACAAACACAGACCCUUGCCACCAUUGGUUAUAUGGCUCCAGAAUAUGGAAGAGAAGGAAAAAUAUCUAGACAAGGGGAUGUAUACAGCUAUGGUAUUAUGCUAAUGGAAACCUUUACAAGGAAGAAACCAACAGACGAAAUAUUUAUUGAAGGAAUGAGCUUAAGGAGCUGGGUUGGUGAAUCAUCAUGUAGAACAAUAAUGGAAGUUGUGGACACAAAUUUGCUAAGAAGGGAUGAUGAACAUUUCUCUAGAAAGGAGGAAUGUGUAUCAUCUAUCUUGAGUUUGGCUAUAGAGUGCACAAGAGAAUCAACUCUGGAGAGGAUCAACAUAAAAGAAGCAAUAACAAGACUAUUGAAAAUUAGAGUCGAAUUUGCGAAAAUUGGAACCAAAAGAGGCAGAAGAAUUUGAAAUUUAGGUUAAUUUUCUUCUCAUUU